GAUCAAUAGCUCAAAAUGUGCGACGACGAAGUAGCAGCCCUGGUUGUGGACAACGGAUCCGGAAUGUGCAAAGCUGGGUUCGCCGGGGACGACGCCCCCCGGGCUGUUUUUCCAUCCAUCGUCGGAAGGCCACGUCAUCAGGGCGUGAUGGUAGGAAUGGGUCAGAAGGACUCCUAUGUGGGAGACGAAGCCCAGAGCAAGAGAGGAAUCCUCACCCUCAAAUACCCCAUCGAGCAUGGCAUCGUCUCCAACUGGGACGACAUGGAGAAGAUCUGGCAUCACACCUUCUACAACGAACUCCGUGUUGCCCCAGAGGAACAUCCAGUUCUCCUCACAGAGGCUCCCCUGAACCCUAAGGCCAAUCGCGAAAAGAUGACACAAAUCAUGUUCGAAACCUUCAGUACACCCGCCAUGUACGUCUCCAUCCAGGCCGUACUCUCCCUGUACGCCUCUGGUCGUACCACAGGUAUCGUCAUGGACUCAGGUGACGGUGUAUCCCACACUGUCCCAAUCUACGAAGGGUAUGCCUUACCUCAUGCCAUUCUCCGUCUUGACCUAGCUGGUCGUGACCUCACGGACUACCUCAUGAAGAUCCUGACGGAGCGCGGUUACACUUUUAGCACGACUGCUGAGAGAGAAAUCGUUCGUGACAUCAAAGAAAAGCUCUGCUACGUCGCCCUCGACUUUGACGAAGAAAUGAACACCGCUGCCCAGUCCUCGUCUCUAGAGAAGUCCUACGAACUCCCCGACGGCCAAGUCAUCACGAUCGGCAACGAGAGGUUCCGCUGCCCCGAGGCUCUGUUCCAGCCAGCCUUCCUGGGUCUGGAAAACAGCGGCAUCCACGAAACCACCUACACCUCCAUCAUGAAGUGUGACGUCGACAUCAGAAAAGACCUCUAUUCGAACACCGUCCUGUCUGGGGGCACCACCAUGUACCCAGGCAUCGCCGACAGGAUGCAGAAGGAGAUGACGGCCUUGGCUCCCUCCACGAUGAAGAUCAAGAUCAUCGCUCCACCCGAGAGGAAAUACUCCGUGUGGAUCGGAGGUUCCAUCUUGGCCUCCCUCUCCACCUUCCAGCAGAUGUGGAUCAGCAAACAGGAGUACGACGAGGCUGGUCCUUCGAUCGUCCACAGGAAGUGCUUCUAGGCAUCACGUUUAAAAAGUAAAUUUAUCUUAGGCAUAGAUCGAACAAACAUUGUAUUUAACUGUUGCUCUUGAUAUUUAUAAUGUGAAAAUUGUUAUUAUUAAAAUAUUUUUCUAAUGAAAA